UUCAUAUUUUAAAUGCUUUAACGAGACUGAAGAUGUUUGCAGACAUUUUCAAAUUUGCUUUACUGAUUGUAUGGGCAUCAUACUCGUAUGCUAUUUUGGAUGAUAGCAUUGUAUAUAACCUUAAUUGGCCUGGAAAGACUUUUGAAUUGAAAGAUUCUGCAACAAAGUCUGAGGAAUACAACGACGAAGAUGCAGUUAUUAUAAAAACUGAUAAAAAUGAGAAAUAUAAAUGCAUGAUACCGUCAUCAGCAAAAGGUAAAAACGAGAACGACGAUUUUCAAUCAUCUGCAUCACCAGUGGAAUUACUGUCACCAGUUUUAAAACAAAAACCAUGCACAUAUCGGCUGGAGACAUACUGGACUUAUGAAAUAUGCCAUGGGAAGCAUAUUAGGCAAUAUCACGAGGAAAAAGCAGCAGGUGGCGUAAUAAAACUACAAGAGUUCUUUUUAGGAUAUUUUUCCGAGGAACCAGACAGCAAAGGUGUUUUCAACAAAUUAGGUAACAUACCCAACGGUGCUAAAGAUAUUCCUGCCAAAAAGUUAGACGGAAUCAUGACCCCGUAUUAUCCUAUAGAUAUGGGUAAUGGAACUGCAUGUGAACUCAAAAACGGUGGAAAAAGGAAAACACGAGUUUUAUAUGUAUGUCACCCGGAAUCACGAAAUGAAAUUAUGUCCGUAAGCGAAACAAGUUCUUGUGAGUAUGAACUAGUGAUCCUAACGCCUACUUUAUGUGCAAAUCCAUUUUAUAAAGUGAAAGGAACUCCAGUAAAUGAAAUCUACUGUACUUCUUUAGAUGAUUCACCCAGAAAACCAAAAGCUUUAGUAAAACAGAAUAUAGAGAACAGUUUCGCCAACCAACAACAUUUUACGGCCCCAAAACGUCAUGAAGAGACAGAAAUUGAACUUGAGCCUACUAGAGAUGAUUAUAGACGUGUUGAUAGUCCUGAAAUAUCAAAACAAACAGAUAAAGCUCUUGUACGAGAUUUUCUUUCGGGAGAUUUUUGUCUCCGUGGAAGUUCUGGAUGGUGGAAUUAUGAAUAUUGUUAUGGUAAACAUGUAAAACAAUACCAUGAUGACAAAACAAUGGGGCGGGCAAUAAUAAUGGUUGGAAAAUGGGACAAAGAAGCUCAUUUGAAUUGGGCAAAAAAUAGAAGAGCGAGAAUUUACAGGGAAGAAUAUGAUGUUACAACUAAAACAACAGAUAAAAAAGUUAUCAUGGUAGAACAUUUCUAUCAUAAAGGUGAUUUUUGUGAAGCAAUUGGGAAGCCGCGGGAAGUUAUUGUCAAGCUAAAGUGUAAAGCGAGCAGCAGUAAGCACGCUGUUACAAUUUAUUUACGUGAACCUGCGACAUGUAGUUAUAUAUUAGGUGUAGAGUCACCUAUUAUUUGUGACCUACUGGACACAGCAGAUUCUGAUGGACUAUUCACUCAAACUGAGGAUUAAUGAAUACAUAAUUCGGUGCCUGCAACUUUUUAUUGUGUCUGCUUUUAUGAUUUUUAUUGUCUAAAAGUAUACGCGUUUGGUCUUAUUAUUACUCAAUGGUAGGAAAGUAGAUAAUUGUAUACAACAUAGCUUGCUGGUUCUUUAAUUGCGUUAGACAAGAAUUAAUACACAUAUAGUACAUGGUAUAUUAUAGGGCAGGGAUGGCGAACCUUUUUCAAUGAAUGGGUCAAAAAUUAUAUUUUUAUCGAGGAACAGAAGAGAGUGGGUCACAGAUAUUUAAUCAAUGUUAGUAUCUAUACAAGGAA